AUGUCUGGAAGAGGAAAAAGCCCAGCUGAUGCUGGAAGUGUGGUCCAAGAUGGACUUGAUGGAAGUGAGAAGACUCCUUCCCUAAGCAACGAAGUUCUACCCGUCAACCCAAGCAACGACGGAGCAGAAGGGACCUCUCGUGAAAGAUCGAUGUCGGACAAAUUUGCGCCAUUCACGUACAAGGCGGAUUUUGCCCAACGAUCUGUUGCUGCCAUAGGUCAUGCGAUCAGCGAUGUACCCACCAUUGAAAGUUUGGACGAUAGGGUAAAUAUUGCUAAAGAAUUAAUCGAUGACUUGCAAUGCAACUUUAUAGCCAUGAAGGAAGACUGGAACGCCACUUAUGUGCCCUACCUUCAACCUAUGCUUUACAUCACGACGUUUCUAGAAAGAGUUCUAGACAACGCAAGGAGGAUCGCUGCCACUAAAAAGACGGGUAACGGACUCUCAGUAAGCAAUAGGUAUCUUAAUACUGUUUCACAGAUCGAAAACGAAAUUCGGCGUAUGGCUUUCAAUCCAACUCGAAACCAACGCCAAAAAGUCGAUUGUGAAGACAGCGACGAUCUGGACGAGGAAGACGAAGAAAAUUCGCCCGUGGAGCAGUUGCCCCCAUCCAGUAAUGUUUUACCAGCCGUCCAACAACUGGUUAACCGGAGAAACGCAUUAAUGGAAAAUCCAGCGAAUAUUCCUGAGCCAUUGCCGUCUCCAUCUCUGUAUCCGCUUAAAUUGACGAAUCAAGACCCAGCUCCCCGGCAAAAUAUACAAACGCCACGAAGUGAAAACUUCGCACGAGGGGAGAGGGUACCUUGCGAUUUAGACGGGUUCAAGCUACCUUUAGCUUGGGAAUUGCCCAGGGUACCUUUACCUGCUCAUUUGGAGAUAGAUAUAAACAAUCUAGAAAAAGCCAAAGCAAUACCCAAGUUUUCAGGUGACAUAAGAGACUAUAUGAACUGGCGAACAGCUUUCUUGGAAACAGUUCACUUUAAGGUAAGAGAAACCGCAUCGCGAAAAAUUGUAGCCUUAUACAAUGCUCUGCCUGAAGACGUAGUCUUGAAGAUCUCCCGUGGAUUGACUCAUGCUGCCACUGGGUAUGUAUCUCGUAUAAAAAACCUAGAGGAAGAGUAUGGAGAUGAGGAGUUGCUGUACAAUGUGGUAUGGAACAACCUAAGCAGCGCCCCAUAUAUUGGCAAUUUAAAACAAACGACGAAUAUUGAGACAUUCAUAAGGUUGUUUGACGAAUUUGCCAACCAUGCUAUACUGCUAGGAAUUCCACACGACGAUCGAUUGGUAUUCAGCAUCAUAAUUUCAAAAUUUGAUGAAGAUAUCGUGUUGGGAUUUAAAGAGAAUGCUAAUCUCACAGGUAAGGCUUCAAAUGCAACCAACUUCAGAGAUUGGCUGAACAAAGCACGUAGAGACAUAUUAUCCGUGCGUACGUCCAAGAUGGAAUCCUGGACAAAAGAAGAAUCCGGAUCUGCAAAAAGGUACGAGAGGUCAUUGAAUGCUGUAAAAGGUAAACCUUCGUUUGGAAAACUUUUUGUCUCGGAUAACUCUUCUGAAGAAUGUCCUGUAUGUUCCAAGCCUGGACACUUGGCUGAAACAUGCAAAAUAUUUUUAAAGGGAUUAAUAAAAGAUCGACUAAAAAUCGUUCGAGACAAGAAGAUGUGUUUCAUCUGUCUAAAAGUCGGUCAUAUGGGAUCUGAAUGCCCUAAUCCUAAAAAAUGUUAUUGUGGGAAGAACCAUCAUGCUAGAUUGCAUCGCGAGAAAGAUGGUAAGGUGCAAAACGUUAAAACCUUCCUACAAACUGAUGUCGAAGAAUUUGAGACCGAAGGCGAAGAUUCGGAAUCGGAGGUCGAAGUGGAGGAAACUCCACAAGAUUGA